AUGGUUAGCACUUUCUGGAAGAUCGUUGUAGGAGCGUUGCUCCUGCCAGAUGCUCUGUCCGCCGCAACAGCAUUUCGCAUCGAGCCGCAUAACGCCGCCACCCACAUCCAUAGACGAGCCGACGUCCCAAACCCAUUCCAGAAGGGCUCCCCAUACAGCUACAAGCCCGACGGUAUUGAUCCGGACCUCAAGAUCCAGGCGUACGGUGUCUUCAGCACUGGCCACCAGGAUGCCAUCGUCCCAGUGGACAAGUUUGCGUAUGACCUGAACGCAGGCCGCAUGUACCUGCUCCACGCCCUGAAUCGAUGGGACGACGCGCCCGCACGAAAGCCACUCCACGAGUUGAUGAUGGGCGCCUGGGUCCACGAGGCCAAGCAGCCUCUUGAGGAGAUGAAGAGCGUCGAGUACAUACGCGUCAGUAGUGACGUCAUCGAAAAGGCCGUGAAUGCGGCCUACAAGAUAAUGGGGAGGAACCCCGAAGAGCCCGGGACGCUGGAGGUCUCCGAGAGCAUCAAUAAGGAGGCUUUCGCGAAGCUCAGGGACAUGAGCAACGGCAGUCCGUUCGGUCUGAAGUACAUGCUCGGGAAGUAUCUGCCCUCACGUAAGGUCCGCGCAUACCUCAUCACGACUCACGGGGACGAGGAAGUGAGCAAGGAGGCAGGGGCCUCCGAGGACGAGAGCUCCGACGACGCGACGUUGGGCGAUACCAAGAGGCCACUUGACCUUGCGGUGUUCUUCUAA